AUGGAUGACUACAAGUACCAGGACAACUAUGAGGGCCAUGCCCCCAGUGAUGGCUAUUACCGUGGCAACGAGUCCAACCCAGAGGAGGAUGCACAGAGUGAUGUUACAGAGGGCCACGAUGAAGAGGAUGAGAUCUAUGAGGGGGAGUACCAAGGCAUCCCUCACCCAGAUGAUGUCAAGGCCAAGCAGGCCAAGAUGGCACCCUCCAGAGCCGAUGGCCUUCGGGGCCAAGCUGACCUGAUGGCUGAGAGGUUGGAAGACGAGGAGCAGUUGGCCCACCAGUACGAGAACAUCAUCGAGGAGUGUGGCCACGGGCGUUUCCAGUGGAUCCUCUUUUUCGUUUUGGGUUUGGCUCUGAUGGCCGACGGAGUGGAGGUGUUCGUGGUGAGUUUUGUCCUGCCCAGUGCAGAGAAGGACAUGUGUCUGUCCAGUUCCAAAAAAGGAAUGCUCGGGGUGAUAGUCUACCUAGGAAUGAUGGCGGGGGCCUUCGUGCUGGGGGGCCUGGCCGAUAAGCUGGGGAGGAAGAGAGUCCUCAGCAUGUCUCUGGCCCUCAACGCCUCCUUCGCCUCUCUCUCCUCCUUCGUGCAGGGAUAUGGAGCCUUCCUCUUCUGCCGACUCCUCUCAGGCAUAGGGAUUGGGGGUGCUCUGCCCAUUGUUUUUGCCUAUUUUUCUGAAUUCUUGUCUCGGGAGAAGCGAGGAGAACACCUCAGUUGGCUGGGCAUCUUCUGGAUGACGGGGGGCAUUUAUGCAUCUGCCAUGGCCUGGAGCAUCAUUCCACACUAUGGCUGGGGCUUCAGCAUGGGCACCAAUUACCACUUCCACAGCUGGCGGGUGUUUGUCAUCAUCUGCGCUCUGCCCUGCACCGUGUCCAUGGUGGCCCUGAGGUUCAUGCCAGAGAGCCCACGGUUCCUGCUGGAGAUGGGCAAACACGACGAAGCCUGGAUGAUCCUCAAGCAAGUGCAUGACACCAACAUGAGGGCGAAGGGGGCCCCCGAGAAGGUGUUCACGGUGUCCCACAUCAAAACUCCCAAGCAAAUGGAUGAAUUCAUUGAGAUCCAAAGUUCAACAGGAACUUGGUACCAGCGCUGGCUGGUCAGGUUCAAGACCACUUUCAAGCAGGUCUGGGAUAAUGCUAUGUACUGCGUGAUGGGACCCUACAGGAUGAACACACUGAUUCUGGCCGUGGUCUGGUUCACCAUGGCUUUAAGCUACUAUGGACUGACGGUUUGGUUCCCUGAUAUGAUUCGGUAUUUUCAAGACGUAGAAUACAAGUCCAAAAUGAAGGUGUUUGUCGGUGAGCACGUAUACGAUGCCACCAUCAACUUCACGAUGGAGAAUCAGAUUCACCGACGCGGGAAACUUGUGAACGACAAGUUCACAAAGAUGUACUUUAAACAUGUACUCUUUGAGGACACAUUCUUUGAUGAGUGCUAUUUUCAAGAUGUUACAUCUACUGAUACCUAUUUCAAAAACUGCACCAUUGAAUCAACCACCUUCUACAACACAGACCUCUACGAGCAUAAGUUCAUCAACUGCCGGUUUAUCAACAGCACUUUUCUGAAGCAGAAAGAAGGCUGCCACAUGGACUUUGAGCAAGAUAAUGACUUCCUGAUUUACCUCGUCAGCUUCCUUGGCAGUCUGUCUGUGUUGCCUGGGAACAUCAUUUCUGCUCUGCUCAUGGACAAAGUUGGAAGACUCAAGAUGAUCGGUGGCUCCAUGCUAAUCUCCGCGGUCUGCUGCUUCUUCCUGUUUUUCGGCAACAGCGAGUCUGAGAUGAUUGGCUGGCAGUGCCUGUUCUGUGGGACCAGCAUUGCCGCCUGGAAUGCUCUGGAUGUGAUCACGGUGGAACUAUAUCCUACCAACCAGAGGGCCACGGCCUUUGGCAUCCUCAAUGGAUUAUGCAAAUUUGGAGCCAUCCUGGGAAACACCAUCUUUGCUUCUUUUGUUGGGAUAACCAUAGUGGUCCCCAUCCUUCUGGCUGCUGCCUCUCUUGUCGGGGGUGGCCUGAUCGCUCUUCGACUGCCAGAGACCCGAGAACAGGUCCUGAUGUGA